AUGGCCAAUGUCAAUGAGCUCGCCGAGCGUACCGGCCAAAUCGCAAUAGACCCUUCGUCUCAAUCGCCAGCAAUGAAGCCGCUGACCGCUCUUUCGCCGUCGUUCCAAACCCAUCUCAACCAGAUAUACAAAUCGUUGACCGACUCUAAGAGUACCAACUUCACCAAGGAUAUUCAGCGUGAUGAGCAGGAGGCAGGAACUCCUGAGUCGGAUCCGCUCAGCUCCCUGGAUGCGUUUCGUGCAUACAUGGCAAGUCCUCCAGCGUCUGCGUUGCGACCCGCUAGGCAGCCAGAUAUCACUGCGCCGAUCACCGACUAUUUCAUCUCUUCGAGCCACAACACGUACCUGACUGGGAACCAACUGUCUAGUGAUGCGGCAGCGGAUGCUUAUACAAACGCCCUUCUCAGCGGGUGCAGAUGUGUCGAAAUUGAUGUUUGGGAUGGAGAGCCCGAGUCUGAGAGCGAUGAUGACUCAAGCAGCUCAAGCUCCGAUGACGAAAAUGUUAAAGACAAGCCGAAGCUACCAAAACGGAAGAAAGUUAAAUCUAAAAUAGGUGAUUUCAUCAGCCGGAAAGUGUCAUCCCACGAGAACCAUGGCGAGGAUGGUAAAGUCGCUGGUGCUGCGAAUGUUGGACCACUACGGCUGGAACCUAAAGUGCUCCAUGGCCACACCCUCACGAAGGGAACAACGUUCCGAGAGGUGUGCUAUGCGAUCCGUGAUAGUGCUUUUGUCGUAAGUGAUCUGCCAGUAAUUGUGAGCCUGGAGGUGCAUGCCUCCCUCGAGCAACAAGCGAUCAUGGUAGAGAUCAUGGAAGAUGCUUUUAAAGGAUUGUUGAUUGAGAUCACCCCGGAAAUGGAGGCAUUCACAACUCCGCCGCCACUUCAAGAGCUGAAGCGAAAGAUUCUAGUGAAGGUCAAAUGGGUUCCCGCUACCCCUGAGGACCAGGAAGAUGUGGAUGAUCGUACGGAUGACCUAGAGCAACUGGAACCUACCAAUUCGGCAGCGUCUACCCAGUCUGCUUCACAGGCUCCGUCAAAGCCGGCAAAAAUCCUGCAUUCUCUUAGCAAACAUGCAGUUUUUACCAAAGGUUUCAGCUUUAAGCAGUUCACCCAACCCGAGGCCAAAGUACCUGGCCACGUAUUCUCCCUCUCUGAGCGAGCGGCCCGACAAGCAGAUGAAAAGUACGGCAAUGCUUUCUUCGAACACAACCGGAACAACUUUAUGCGCAUCUAUCCUUAUGGUCUCCGCGUCAACUCUUCCAAUCUAGACCCCACUUUCUUCUGGCGUCGUGGUGCACAGAUUGUAGCCCUUAACUGGCAAAACAGAGACAAGGGCAUGAUGCUUAACCAGGGGAUGUUCGCAGGCGAGGAGGGCUGGAUCCUCAAACCCCAGGGCUACCGGAGCACGGAACCAGAGUCCGCUCCAAUUACCCGCCGGACAAUCGACCUCUCAAUUGAAUUCCUAGCAGGCCAGGACCUUGCACUACCCCCAGGUCACACGAGUGAGAAAGGAUUCCAUCCCUACGUAUCUUGCUAUUUGCAUGUAGAGACCCCAGACGAUGCGCCCACGCCCACCGGAGAGAACAGCACAGAUUCCGAGAAAACUAGUUACAAGCGUGAGAUCAAGUAUGCAAACGGAUGCAAUCCGGAUUUUGGAUCCCAGAAACUCGAAUUCCCGACUCUAACUGGGGUUGUUGAAGAGCUGGCCUUCGUUAGAUUCAAAGUCAAGGACGAUGAAAUUGGCCGUGAUUCAUUGGCAUCCUGGGCGUGUAUUCGACUGACCCGGUUGCAAGAAGGCUACCGGGUGCUUCGUCUCUAUAAGACUGAUGGAUCAGAAACUGGCGGCUAUAUUCUGGUCCGGAUCAUGAAGACCGUCUCAUGA